AAAUCUAUCUAAAUUACACACCUUCUAUUCUUUACAUUAGAAACAUAAACAUACAUACAAUUAUUACGUCAUUAAUUUACUCUAUGACGUACAAUUGCUUUGCGCGAAGUCUCUCUUAAUACCCGGGAAAGUCCCACGUAAAAACUCCCUACAAACUCUAUCUAUGCUAAGCUUAAAUAUCUUAUAGUUCCGCUAUGUAAGGCUCGCCCAGAAGAUAUAUAGAUUAUUAUUAUUAUUGUGCAAGGAUACAACACUAAGCUUUAUUUGUUUAGAACUGACGUUUGUGGUGCCUUCAUGGGUUCCCAGGCUCCAGAUUUGGACUCCCUCCUACCACCUCAAUGUAAGUUUGUUGGCGAUGACUUUCUUACCUUCGAUUCCAAGAAGGACAAGCUUGGUUAUGGAGGAAGUGCUGUUGUAAGGAGAUGCUACAAUACUAAGUUGGGGUUGGUGGCUGUUAAGUGCAUGGAAUGGUACUCGGGGAAGAAUGAAUGGAGCAAAGAUAUUGAGAAACAUUUACCCAAAGAAAUUGGAGUAAGUUUGUCUCUGAACCAUGAAAACAUUGUGAGAGUCCAUGGUGUGGUUAUAUGGCCACGAUCAUUGGGUUUGGUGUUGGAUUAUAUACCAGGGGGGCAAUUAGAGGAACUUGUUACAAACUGGAACAUCGACCCAUUACCAUGGAGUGUGAGGCUGAGAAUAACAUACGAGAUAUCGAUGGGACUUUGUUACCUGCAUAACUUCACCAAGAAAGAUAGAAUCGUACACGGUGACAUGAAACCUGAGAAUGUGUUACUAACCUCAGACCUUCAUGUUAAAAUUGCGGACUUUGGUGGAGCUCGGGUCGGCACAAGGACAACGGUAGCAGGGGACCAAGCCUCAGUGGAAGGAGGGGCCACUUAUUCUACGUUGUACGCUGCGCCCGAGUUCUUUAGGAAUGUGUUUGGGAGGCGUACAACCGCGCACGAUGUUUACAGCUUCGGUAUGAUCUUAUACGACAUAUGCGCGAGGCUAAGACCUUAUUCUCAUAUGGGGUUGGACCACUCACGAAUCAAAAACAGCGUGACGACCGGAAUAAGGCCAGACAUGCAACCAAUAGAAGAGGAGUAUCGGAAAAUCAAACACAAUCCAUCAGAUGUUAAUUGCUUCAACCUCCUCAAAGUCCUCAUGGUGGAGUGUUGGGACGAUUCUCCUAAAAAAAGGCCAACCAUAGAUAAAGUUAGAGACCGAACAAGGGAAGUUCUCUCUAAAGUUGUGAUGUCCGACUUAUGGAGGGACCUUUACAAGAUUCGAUUCCAAAUGCGAAUGAAGUCCGAUGUUGUCCACGAUGCAGGUGGAGCUGCAUUGAUCCCAUUAAAGUUCUUCCCGCCACCAAAGUUUGCCCACCCCACACAAGAUUAUAAGGAUUACACACAACCACAACCAACCACUGCAACUCAUAAACCUGAGAUGGACAAAGGAGAAAACAAGCCAACAAAAGGUGAUGCACCAAAAGAGCAAGCCCCACAAAGAAGGGAAACUCCCAAACCAGAGACAUACGAAGAGCGAAGACGGAAAAUGAAAUCGAAUAAAAAUCUUGUCGGGGAUUUCAGGACGUGUGGCUCAAAGUCCAAGAACCUUGGGGAGGACGGGGGGGUGGGGGUUAAUGGGGUGGGUGAGAGGAAGAAAUCAACACAAAGUAAUGGAAGUGGGAACGCAGAUGACAUGGCUGACCAACACUGGCGAUCGAAGAGAUUCAAGGAAGCGAUCCCUUUGUUUGAGCGAGCUAUAAUAGAGGGUGGGGUGGUGGUUGGGAGGUGUUUGUUGAAGUUAAAGCUGGGGGGUUGUCUGUGUGCGGUUGGUGACCGAGCACGAGGGGAUAAGAUGAUACUGGAGGGGUUACAGGACUUAAAGAGUUCGUCACCAACAGUAGAUAGUUUGGAAACAAUCGCAAACCAAUUGAAGGAAAUUGCUGACGAUUUCCAGAAUUUGAAUUUUCAGGGCAGAGCAUCUUUAAUCUACCGAACAGCAGCCUCUGUAUACAAAGUAAUGCCCGAUGCGAAUAGUGGUGUGGCGGGCAUACUACGUUGUGUAACACAGAUGAAUAAAACCAGCAACAGGGGGAUCAACGCUUCAGAACAAGGAAUUAAAUUCCUUAACGAGAUUUUGGCCUCUGUGAAAACCAAACAAGGAGUUGACCCUGCAGUUAAAAUAGAGGUUGAAGCCACUUGUAGUUAUGCCCUUGGUUGUUGUUAUGCUGAGAAAAUGGAGUGGAGCAAGUCUAAUCAAUAUUGUCAGGUAUCGAUAGACAAGAUGGAACAAGGGUUAAAAGAAAACGCAAAAUCGAAACAUAUUUUCAUGCUGGCUACUUUCCGUAUGGCGCAAAACAAGUUUAAAAUGGGAAAGUUUCAAGAAGUUAAAGAUCUUCUGCUUAAAUGUAAAACAUUACGUGAGACAACAACAGACUGGGAUGAUGAACAAGACAAGGAAUGUAAAGCAGCACUCGAGGAUUUACAACGAGAAGUUAUGAAGAAGUUAUGAAUAAAUGAUAAAACAAAUUAAUUGUUUGUAUUGGCUAGUACAAGUAUUUUAACAAUGUUAUCAUGGGCACCCAAAUAUAAACACAGGGGAGGCAGGAAUAGUUAAUCCUGUGAAACAAAUCUAACUUAUUGGAUGUAAUGUUUACCGAUUAAUGCAGCCUGCCCACCUCCAGUGAAAGAUAAAAAAUAAAUAUUUAAGGAAUCAACUAUUUGUAUAGACAAAAGUAUUUUCCUGCAAUGUAUUUGAUAUAAGCGUCGUUACAUCAUGUUUGUUCUCUAAAACAACUGUUAAUGAUGAAAUGUGUAUCCUAUAUAUGGGCAUGUAAUGUUUGUAAUAAACUUUUUAAAAAAUCUA